AGGUAGACGGAGCUAAAGAACUCUCCUCCGCCGCGUGCCGUCGACCUCAAACCCACAGCGAUGCGCGUGAAGCUCCCCCCCAAGAUUCUCCGACCAGCAAUCCCGCCCGUCUCAUGACCUCGGGACGUGCAGGUCUUGGUCCAGAUCUUCUGUUCGGAUAGUAUAUCGCGCCCUCGCUUGAGCCACUAGAGCCCCUCGCCCCGCGCCCGACUCGGCAUGGGCGCCGCCGUUGGGAAGCCCGCGUUCGGCCUCGCCGUCGCGCCGAGGACGCAGACGCACGCGGAGGAACGGCUCGCCGUCGUGGAGCACGCCCUGCUCCAGUGGACCCGCUCCCCCGGCGCCGACUCCGGCGUCUGGGACGCGGACGCCAGCUACACCAACAGGGGCCUCCUCGCCGCGGUAGACGACGUGCUGCUCCUGGCGGAGGAGGACCCCUUCCCGCUCCCCGGGGCCUCGUCCGCGCGCCGCCGCCUGGACAGCGCCGUCGGCGCCGCCGCGUCGCGCAUGGUGGAGGAGUUCCUGCGCGUCAGGGUCUGGGACGCCUCCCCACUGCGCGUCGCCGUCGACGGGCUCGCGCUGGCGUCUAGCGGCGCGUCGCUGCUGGUCUUCCCCAGCGCCGGCGACAGGACCAGCGACGCGAGCUCCGGCGGGGAGGUCGACGCGUCCGACGGGACCCGGUCGAGGGCCAGCUCCGGCGUGCCUGACGAGGUCGCGGCCCUGUUGGAAGGCGAGGUCUGGGAUGAGCUCGACCUCGUCCGCCCCGCGGGCGUGUCCGUCCUCCACGAGAUCGCCCUUCGGAUGGUCCGCGCCGGCUGCACCAAGGAGCUCUUCCGGGCGUUCCCGAACGCUCCCUGCGAUGUGCUUGACAGGUUCCUGUCAAUUCUUCGUGUUGAAUGCUCGCAGCGGACGACGGAGGCCGUGAUCAAGCGGUGGACGACGGUGGCGAAGAUCAUCGGGAAGGCCAUAGUCGCCAUGCGGAGGCAGCUGUACGCGCAGAGUCCAGGCGCCUUCGACAGUUUCAGGGACGAAUACUUGCUGGCCAUCGCGGAGAACCGCAUCCUGAUCCUGCUCGAGUUCGCCAACGGCUUCACCUCCAUCACAUCGCACGAGAAGCUCGUAUACAUGCUCGGCAUGUACGAGGCUCUCAGCGACGCCGCGCCCAGCCUCCUGCACUUGUUCAGCGGGGCGCGCAAGGAGCUCGUCGCUGAGCGGACACAGGACAUCCUCACCAAAUUGGCCGACGCGAUGAGGAUUAUGGUCAGCGGUGUCGUGGCCAAGGUCCGAGGCGACUGUCCGCGCACGCCGAGCGCGGCGGGCGGGGUCCACCCGCUGGCACGCGACGCCAUGACCUGCGCCGAGCUGCUGGCGAGGCACCGCACCACGCUGGACUUGAUCCUCGCGGGCGGCGGCGAAGGCGAAGGAGACGCCCCCGCGGGCUCCCUCGCCGCCGCCCUCGUCGCGGAGCUGAUCGCGUGCCUGGAACGCAACCUCCAGGGGAAACUCGCCCUCGCCUGCGCCGACGCGGGAGGCUCGCGGCACCUCUUCCUGGCCAACAACAUGAGCUUCAUACUGAACCGCGCCGCGGACGCCGGCGACGUGGCGUCCCUGCUCGGGGGCGCGUGGGCCGCGCGGCGCCGGGGCCGGCUCGCGCAGCACGUAGCGAGCUACGCCGAGUCGUCCUGGGGCCCGGCCGUCGCUCUCCUGGAGACGCCCGCGUGUGGCAGGGGCAAGCCGGCGAAAAUUCUGGCGGAGUUCGACGCCGCGUUUACCAGAGCGCGCGACAGCGAGGUGUGCCGCCAGGUCCCGGAUCCCGAGCUCCGAGCGGCCCUGCGGAACGCCGUGUCGGAGAUGGUGGUUCCUGCAUAUUGCGCGUUUCUGCAGAGGCACCCCAAGCUUGGAUCAUCCGUCAGGUACACGGCUGAUGAUGUGGCCGAAUGCUUGUCGGAAUUGUUCGAAGGAGAAGCCGUGGAUGCCACGAAAUCCUAGAGAUCUUCAGAUUGUACUAAACUGUCAAUAAGCCCUACCUUCUAUACCGUUUUUGCCAGUUUAUAUCAUUCAGUUGUGGCACUGCUGGUCCCUCGUCAUGUAACAAUAAUAUAUCUGAAAUUCUGAACAUGGAAAAUAUGAACUAGAAAGCAGCAGCAUUUUCAUGUUGACAGAA